UGUAAUCAAGGUUUUGCCUGUGAUCAAGGUUUUAACUGUAAUCGGGGUUUUAACUGUAAUCAGGGUUUUAUCUGUAAUCAAGGUUUUAACUGUAAUCAGGGUUUUAACUGUAAUCAAGGUUUUAUCUGUAAUCAAGGUUUUAACUGUGAUCAAGGUUUUGCCUGUGAUCAAGGUUUUAACUGUAAUCGGGGUUUUAACUGUGAUCAAGGUUUUAACUGUAAUCAAGGUUUUAUCUGUAAUCAAGGUUUUAUCUGUAAUCAAGGUUUUAUCUGUAAUCAAGGUUUUGCCUGUGAUCAAGGUUUUAACUGUAAUCAAGGUUUUAACUGUGAUCAAGGUUUUGCCUGUGAUCAAGGUUUUAACUGUAAUCGGGGUUUUAACUGUAAUCAAGGUUUUAACUGUAAUCAAGAUUUUACCUGUAAUCAAGGUUUUAACUGUAAUCAAGGUUUUAACUGUAAUCAAGGUUUUACCUGUGAUCAAGGUUUUAACUGUAAUCAAGGUUUUAACUGUAAUCAAGGUUUUGCCUGUGAUCAAGGUUUUGCCUGUGAUCAAGGUUUGAACUGUAAUCAAGGUUUUACCUGUGAUCAAGGUUUUAACUGUAAUCAAGGUUUUGCCUGUGAUCAAGGUUUUAACUGUAAUCAAGGUUUUAACUGUAAUCAAGAUUUUACCUGUGAUCAAGGUUUUAACUGUAAUCAGGGUUUUAACUGUAAUCAAAGUUUUACCUGUGAUCAAGGUUUUAACUGUAAUCAGAGUUUUAACUGUAAUCAAGGUUUUAACUGUAAUCAAGGUUUUAACUGUAAUCGAGGCAAGGUUUUAACUGUAAUCAAGGUUGAAAACCGUCAAAUCAUUCGGAUACCAGGAAUGUUUAAAAUGUUAUGA